AUGGUCUCUGGAAAAUUAAUCAAACUCCUGGUUUAUGAGAUCCUAGAAUUUGUUUCUUUUUCUGCCCCAACGAUUGUGGUGGCAGAACAGUUUGCCUCAGCCUACCAAAGGACAAAGAAUGUCACUGAGAAGACAUAUUAUUGGCUUGUUGUGUCCAUUUCCAUAGCUUAUGUGGCAUUGCUGGCAUUGGUACUUUGGGUUCCUGUAAAAGUUCUGUUACACAAAAAGCAUCGUCUCUGCUCCAAAAUAAAACUAUGGAGACCUCCGUUGAUGAUAUGUAUAAUAUUCACAACACUUCCAUGCUUUGGAUUUUCUAUAGCAGUCACAGAGAUCCAAAAGAGUGCCUCAAACAGUUCAACAUCUUCCCUGCCUGACACUUUACCUGACUUACCGGUAUCACUGGUUCUGGGUUCCUUAAUAAUUGUUGAUAUAAUUGAAAAACUCCGGAAAUAUCCUCUCAAAGGAAAACCAAUAAAAAAUGAAGAUUGGCAUAUCCAUACAACUAAUUUGCAGCAGAUGAAAACUGUGAGUGAGCAGGUGGAGCCAAGUGAGGAAAACAACUCAGUCUCUGAGCCAGCAAGGAGGAAUCCCAUGCCCAAGCCAAGAACAUGCUCCCAGAACCCUAGGCCUAUAUCAACUAUAGCUGAUGAGACACCCUUCAACUCUGGAGUCUUGAGAGCCAUUUCUCACCAAGACAAGCGUGCAGCAAUUUUUCUGAGUAGUUUCAUCAUGUGGUCUGACACCAUUGAGAUGCUGCGAGUGUCUGGGCACUCUGCAGUGUUUAAGUCAGGGUGGUUAUAUCCUGUUUACAUAUUUAGCUAUAUCUCACUGCUUCGAAUUGCACUCACACCACAAAAAAGUCUUGUGAAUUCUGCAGGUGUCUUUUUACAGGAUUUCCCUUUUAUCUUUGUUCGAAUUGGUUUGAUUGCUGUUUUGGGGACAAUCACUCCCAUCCUAGGUCUUUUAAAAAACAUUCUGGUGACCCUUUCUUAUUUUUACUUCAACUACUUCACUACAUUCAGGGUUUUCAACACCAAUGAAACUUCCUUUUAG